UAUACUCCUCCUUCUUCAAUAUGACUACUUCAGCUGUUCAACAUUCUAGCAGUAUUGGUGCUUUAUUGUUGAUGCUCUUUAUCAUGAGCACAACAUGCCAAGCCCAGCUUUCUUCAACCUUUUAUGACAGUACAUGCCCUAAUGCACUCACUACCAUACAUACCUCAAUUAGAUCCGCUAUCGCUAAAGAACGUCGAAUGGCGGCAUUUCUCAUUCGCCUCCAUUUCCAUGAUUGCUUCGUUCUUGGAUGCGAUGCAUCCAUCUUACUAGACGAGACCCCCUCAAUCCAAAGUGAGAAGACUGCCCGUCCUAAUGAUGAUUCUGUUAGAGGCUAUGGAGUCAUAGACAAUACCAAAGCUGAAGUAGAGAAAGCAUGUCCUGGCAUUGUAUCUUGUGCAAAUAUCAUUACAGUGGCCGCCAGAGAUGCAUCCGAAUAUGUAGGUGGUCCAUCUUGGGCAGUGAAACUUGGAAGAAGAGACUCAACCACCACAAGCAGAACUUUGGCUGAAGGUGGAGACCUUCCUGCUUUUACAGACGGCCUUGAACAACUUAUAACAUCCUUCAGAAACAAAGGCCUUAAUGCAAGGGACAUGGUUGCAUUGUCAGGUUCCCACACAAUAGGACAAGCUCAAUGCUUCACUUUUCGCGAUAGGAUAUACAACAACAACAACGCAAGCGACAUUGAUGCCGGAUUUGCUAGCACUCGCAAGCGUGGCUGUCCGGCAAGUGGUGGCAAUGGUAAUUUGGCACCGAUGGAUUUGGUAACGCCCAAUUCUUUUGACAACAAUUACUUCAAGAAUCUACAACAACGGAAGGGACUUCUUCAUUCUGAUCAAGUUCUCUUUAGUGGUGGAUCCACGGACAGCAUUGUCAAUGAAGAACUUGAUCAUUCUCAAAUGAAUACGAAUGCAUGCAGAUGUUUCUUGUGUAACAUCUUUCCUGAAGAAGUAAAAAAACCUAUUGAAAUAUUAAAUCAUUUGCAAAUGCUUGAUGGUGCUUUUCGAAAUACAUGGAUUGCAUAUAGAAUAUUGUUAACUAUUCCAAUAACGGUAGCCUCCGCAGAGAGAAGCUUUUCAAAGUUGAAAUUGAUAAAAUCAUAUCUUCGGUCCACCAUGUCACAAGAAAGGUUAAAUGGGUUAGCUAUGUUGUCUAUUGACAGUGAUUUGGUGGAAAAGGUUGAUUAUAGUAAUAACAGGUCAAUCCCCGAUAGGGCUUCGAGCCCAGGUCAUUCUCGGGAUGAUCUUCGGGUUGGUCUCGGGAUGGGCUUCGGGGUCAAGUCAAUCCUGAAACUGUCUCUUGGGUCAGGUCUGUCUCGGGAUAGACUUCAGGGUUGGUCGGUCUCAGGACGGGCUAAAGCCCCGAACCUAGGUCUGUCCCGGGACAAUCAUCAAGGUCAGGUCGGUCUCGUAUUAGGCUUCGGGGUUGAGUUUGCCCCAGGACGGUCUUCAGGGUUGAGUCACUUAGGACUGGCUAUGGGCCUGGGUCAAACGCUGGCGGGCUUUGUGGUUGGGUCGAUCUAG